AUGGCGAGGAAGCGCAAGUCAACUGAGAUGGAGCCUCCGGCGUCCGGUAUCCCCAAUGCGAAUCCUCGUCACUUGAAGGAGGACCUCAGUAAUCUUUGCCGCAGGGCGGCGAUAGACAUUCCUCACAAUGAGGCAUCUUCUCCAGCAAAGUCUUCUGAGGAUCUGGGAACUUAUGUGUUCAAACAGUAUCACUUGCUAUGGUGGAAGGACCAAGCUGCGCUGGAGUCUGCUAUCACCACAUUCUUCCGGACCUUUCCUGUGCUUCAGGUCUCGACACGACAGACAAGACUGCAGCUUCUACGCGAUACCCUCCAAGGUCCAGUGGAUGCCACGAAGAGGAUGUGUGCGACUCCUCGCAAGGUCCUGAAGACCACGAAUGUCCCAGACCCUACACAACCCUACAGUGCACCAUCUUCGCCCACGCCAGCUACAAGGUCCAUAAAACAACACUUCGCCAUCACUAAGUCAGCCAAGAAGACGGACGACAAGUCAGCUUCCAGUCCAAUUAAGCCACCUCCCCCAAUCGUCAACCCAGUGACGUCUUUCGCCUCCACAGCUGCCAACACUUCCUUCGCCAAAAGCUCGUUCUGGUCCAAUGCAGGCUCGUCAGGAACUCCAGACACAGCAACAACUUCUUUCGCUAGCGACUAUGAACCGACAAAACGAGGACGAGAGUCCAACUAUCUUUCCUCGAUGUGCUCAACUGAUGCUGCAGAGCUGAUGGCCAUGGCGCAGAGGGCUGAAUCGCCGCAGAACUCCAGCAGCACCGUCCGAGGUGCGAGAACAGUCGUCGAUCUUACUUCUGAUACACCCCGCUCGCCUCGUGAGUCGCAAUCGACUUGGUAUGGCUCGUUGGACCCCCACACCGUGGAUCUGGCACUCCAGAAGUUACGGGAUGCCGAAGCAAACUGUGAAGCCUCUGCCGAAGACACAAAGAUGCAAGAUCUUGACAUGUCUGAUGCGUUCAGUGAGACUAUUCCGUCUCCUGAGCCAGUGAGGCGCAUUACUCCCACCAAGCAAGUCACGCUUGGCCGUUCAGGAGAGCAGAAGCGUAUUCAUAACGAGAAGCUUGCAGCACAUCGCCAGCAAGAAACCACGCAACCCACUUCGCAUGAUUCGUCCAGCUCAGCUGAUGUGGAACUGGUCGACAUACGAUUUCCUUGUCACUUUCGGUUUCUGCCAUUCGAACUUCAGUGGGAGCUGCAGCGGCUUCUGCAACCCAGCAAGAUCGCAAUAGAAACCUUAGAAAGCGAAUGGGUGCACCACAGUCUGGCAUCGCUGUACGAGUUUCUGAUAGGACGUGAGAUACACUUCACAAAGCCGGAACAGCAAACAGGCCUCAAGGACUACGAGGUUCUGACAAGGAACGCGAGGCUUGAAUGGGUUGGCGCAAGAACGCUGCCGGCUCUUAAGAUCACGGUUCAGAUUGAACGACGAGAUACUGCUUGCAGUCUCCAGAGGUACCUCGGCGCGGACAGGGUGCUGUAUGUGGAGCUGCCAGAUCUGGCCAGACCGCCUCAUCAUGUGCCGGGAGUUGACAUACAGGCUCGUUUCAGAGACUGGCUCGACAAGCCUCAUGAGUUCCUCGGGAGAACAUGGUAUCCCUUCUUCCUGCAGCCGAACAAAAAGAAGUCGGCCUUCGAAGGUCGAGCUUCAGCAAGUAUGAACCGUCUGAUCAUGGUCUGUCCAAAGGACGGCAUGUCAAUCGGCGAUCUGAUGGAAUGGGCUCUGCCUUUCCGCACGAACUGUCAACAAGCUGCGCGUAAAGCAUUCAUGCGAUUGGAACUACUGCUAUCGAGGACGAUUGUAGCAGUCGUGCUCAAGCCAUCGGACUUUGCUUAUGGCGUUCCAGAUCAAGGCCCGACCCGCCACAAGGCAGAUCGGACGUUCGAGGAUCCAAAGUUAGCACGUCAGUUCUGUGAGAGGUACGACCCGAAAAUGGUCAUGAAUGAUGGAUGUUCUGGACUGCAUCCGUGGAUCGCGCACCAGUACAUGAGGAAAGCGGGUCUGGAGAGUGUGCCAGCUGGACUACAGAUGCGGACUGCGGGAGCGAAAGGCCUUUGGUAUCUCGACGAUGAAGAGUACACUGGUUAUGGCACGAAGCCCGCGGGACCGCUCAUCAAACUGUCGCAAAGUCAGCUCAAAGUCUUUAGGGAUAGCCUCGAGGAGUGCGAUGACGAGGUGUUGUCGGUCUGUGUCGUCAAUCCAAAUUCUGGUGCACGACCUUCGAUCCUACAUCAAGCUUUUCUCCCAAUCUUGUGUGACAGAGGUGUGCCCAAGGAGGCGAUCCGCGAGGUCGUUCAGACACAAGUGCAAACCGAAGUGAACGAGUUCUUGACUGCACUGGAGGCCCCAGGCCCAAUGCCGAUUCGGCGAUGGCUCGCCUCGCACAACGAGUUCUUUGAGGCACGAACACGCGAGACUGGUAUCAAAAACUUUGCCAGCGGGUUCCCAGAGUCUUUCGAGGAGCGAAUUAUCGCAAUGCUGGAGAACGGCUUUGAUCCCAAGAGCUGCAAGUACCUGGCCCGCCAGAUCCAAGUCAUGGCCAACUCAUACUUCGACCUGAAGAAAACAAAGUUCAAGGUGGUGCUCAACAAGUCUACCACGCUCAAAGGCAUGGCCGAUCCGUAUGGAUGCCUCGAGCCUGGUGAAGUAUGCGUUAUCUUCGGCUCGCCCUUCACCGACCCGUCGACUGGAGAGUCUUGGUGGUAUCUAGAUAAGAUCGAGGUUUUGGUGUGUCGAAACCCAGCUCUGGCACCUUGGGACAUACAACGCGUCAGGGUGGUGUUUAAUCCGCGUUUGGCAAGAUUCAAGAACUUCAUCAUCUUCUCCUCGAAGGGAAUGCGACCUCUUGCCAGCAUGCUCCAAGGAGGUGACUACGACGGAGAUGCAUUCUGGUUCACCUGGGACUCCAAGCUGGUGAGCCCGUUUAAGAAUGCGCCCGCACCAUGGACACCCCCUCCUCCAGAGAACUUUGGAAUUCGCAAGGACAAACGUUUGCUGGAAGAUCUUGUUCGAGAUUCGCGCUCAGAGAGCCAAUGGUGCAGCUUCCUUGGGUCGAUGUGCUGUACGAGGAUGUCAGCUAAGAUGCUUGGCAUAGUGACACUGUUCUACGAGCGCUUCAUAUAUGCACGGGGCACGAUUGACGAAGUUGCAGCAAACGAACUCGUGUUCCUCCACGAUUACCUUGUUGAUGCCGAUAAGCAGGGCUACGACUAUACGCCGGCAGACUUCGAUGCUUUCCAGAAGUCACGGAACCUGUCGUCAGAUAUGCCGAAGCCUGCCUAUUGGGAGUACACGAGGCCCGAAGAUGAGACGAAGGUCAAAAAUCCUGCCCAUUAUCGUGUCAACAAGACAAAGGUUACCAACAACAUUAUAGACUUCGUCUAUUUCCAGGUGGUCGACCCAAUCGUCAAGGAUGGCAUGAUCCGUGCCAGUCACAUCCUCGAACCAGCUGGUGCCUACGACGACGACCUCAGCAAGUUCUACAAGCAGACCAUAGAGGCAUCCACCAAAGGGUCUGACAUGCUACAAGAACUGUUGAAGCUCAAGGACAACUUGUUGCGGGUGAAACAGGAAUGGGGCGCAGCAAACGCAGCUGGUCCAUUCCCAGAGGCCGUUGCCAGGACACGAGCUGUGUAUGACAGCAUACAGCCUCUCGACCCACAGAGUGUGUUCGCUGUUGAGUGGCUGAGACGACAGGGCAAAGGCUACACUACGUGGGAGAAGCUAAAGGCUUCCUGUCUUGCGCGCUGGCCAGAGUUUUAUGGUGGCGAGAAGGCAGGCUCAUUCAUAUUCUCCAUUGCAGGGAGGGAGCUAUGUCACCUGAAACUCAACGAGCUGGACGAAGAUACUCGAUCGAUGCUCCUGUCGCAGUAUCUUGUUCUGAAGCCGAGGAAAAUGAGGAAGGCUGCCAGUAACGCGGAUGACUUUGAUGACGACGCUGGCCACGAUGACGGACUUGAGGAUGUAGAGUAUUACUGA